AUGAGUGAGUUCAAGGUUGGUUCAAAAUUAAAACAACAAGUUGUGUGUAAUAUGCAGCCGUUAAUUUUAUGUUUACAUAAACAUGAUGACGACAUUACAAAAUGUAUUGAAGAAAUUAACAUUUUCGAAAAAACGUGUAGCAAAAAUGUAAACUAUGUUCAUGAUAGAAUUGGCCUAGAUGACACAAGAAAUACUCUGUAUACAGGAAAAAGGUCUGUUUAG